UGGGGGAUUCGGUGAAGGAAGCUCGUAACAUGGCGGAUAGCGAGGAAGGCUUCGGGCUCCCCACCACGCCGGCCGACUCGGAAACCAAGGAGCUGCAGGCUGAAGCUAAGCAGGACACGCAGCUGGGGGCCACCAGCAAGGCCCCUACCUCUCCACAGGCAGCCUUCACCCAGCAGGGUAUGGAGGGGAUCAAGGUGUUUUUGCACGAGCGGGAGCUGUGGCUGAAAUUUCACGAGGUGGGCACCGAGAUGAUCAUCACCAAGGCUGGGAGGCGUAUGUUCCCCAGUUACAAAGUGAAGGUCACUGGACUUAAUCCAAAAACUAAGUACAUACUGUUGAUGGAUAUUGUACCAGCGGAUGACCACAGAUACAAAUUUGCAGAUAAUAAAUGGUCGGUGACAGGGAAGGCAGAACCGGCCAUGCCAGGUCGCCUGUACGUCCACCCCGACUCCCCCGCCACCGGCGCCCACUGGAUGAGGCAGCUGGUUUCCUUCCAAAAACUUAAGCUCACCAACAACCACCUGGAUCCCUUCGGACAUAUCAUCCUGAACUCCAUGCACAAAUACCAGCCCCGGCUCCACAUCGUCAAGGCGGAUGAGAACAAUGGCUUUGGGUCCAAGAACACAGCCUUUUGCACCCACGUUUUCCCAGAGACCGCCUUCAUUGCCGUCACCUCCUACCAAAACCACAAGAUCACCCAGUUAAAGAUUGAGAACAACCCCUUUGCGAAAGGUUUCCGUGGCAGUGACGACAUGGAGCUCCACAGGAUGUCCAGGAUGCAGAGUAAAGAGUACCCAGUCGUUCCCAGGAGCACAGUGAGACAGAAAGUGUCCUCGAAUCACAGCCCGUUCAGCGGCGAGACCAGGGUCCUCUCCGCCUCCUCCAACUUGGGCUCCCAGUAUCAGUGCGAGAACGGGGUGUCGAGCACCUCCCAGGACCUGCUGCCGCCUGCCAACCCAUACCCCAUCUCCCAGGAGCACAGCCAGAUCUACCACUGCACCAAGAGGAAAGAUGAGGAAUGUUCAAGCACUGAGCAUCCCUACAAGAAGCCCUACAUGGAGACCUCUCCAGCAGAAGAGGAUCCUUUCUACCGCUCCAGCUACCCCCAGCAGCAGGGACUGAACACGUCGUACAGGACUGAGUCGGCCCAGAGGCAAGCGUGCAUGUACGCCAGCUCGGCGCCCCCCACGGACCCCGUGCCCAGCCUGGAAGACAUCAGCUGUAACACGUGGCCCAGCGUGCCCUCCUACAGCAGUUGCACAGUAUCUGCCAUGCAACCCAUGGACAGGUUACCCUACCAGCAUUUCUCUGCCCACUUCACCUCCGGGCCGCUGAUGCCCCGUCUGGGCAGCGUGGCCAACCACACGUCCCCCCAGAUAGGAGACACCCACAGCAUGUUCCAGCACCAAAGCUCGGUUUCUCACCAGCCUAUUGUGCGGCAGUGCGGACCUCAGGGCGGCAUCCAGUCCCCCGCCAGCAGCUUGCAGCCCGCUGAGUUCCUCUAUUCGCACGGAGUGCCUCGAACCCUCUCACCCCACCAGUACCACUCAGUGCACGGCGUGGGCAUGGUGCCAGAGUGGAGCGAGAACAGCUAA